AUGCCCAUGCCCUUCGUCACCGAAACCGUAGGCGGAGGCUGGCACACCUACGACAUCUUCUCCCGCCUCCUCCGCGAACGCAUCAUCUGCCUGAACGGCGAAGUCGACGAAACAAUUUCCGCCUCCAUAGUCGCCCAACUGCUCUUUCUCGAAGCCGAUGCGCCUCAAAAGCCAAUCUCGCUAUACAUAAACUCACCAGGUGGCAUUGUGACGGCUGGAUUGGCGAUUUACGAUACCAUGACUUAUAUCCGCAGUCCGGUUAGCACGAUAUGCAUGGGUCAAGCCGCGAGUAUGGGCAGUUUGUUGUUGUGUGGAGGUGCAGAGGGGCAGAGGUACACGCUGCCUCAUUCGCGGAUCAUGAUUCAUCAAGUCAGCGGUGGAUACCAAGGUCAAGCGUCUGAUAUUGCCAUCCACGCAAAGGAAAUCUUGCGAGUCCGCGAGCAGUUGAAUGAGAUUUAUCUCAAGCAUUUGACAAAGAAACAUACAAUGGACGAGAUCCAAAAGUAUAUGGAGAGAGAUUACUUUAUGGGUGCCAAAGAGGCGCUGGAGUUUGGUAUUGUGGAUAAGAUUUUGGAGAGGAGGGAGCAGGUUGGUGAGGGACGAUAG